ACCUAAAAUGUGACUACCUUGAAGAUAUUGAAAACGGUUUAAUCCGAAGGCCUGAAAUAGAAGGUUUUGGAGCGAAAGUGACCUACAGUUGUAACGAAGGUUUUGUGAUGUCCGGUCCGAGGGAAAGAAGGUGCCAGGGAGACGGAUCUUGGAGCGACAAAGCUCCAGCUUGUAGAAAGAAAGCUCUUUGCGGACCAGCACCUUUCGUUCGUCAUGCAAACCACACUUCGAAGACCAGAGUCGAAUUCGAUAUUGGAUUUCUCCUCAAGUACUAUUGUUUCACUGGCUACGAAGCUCAAGGAUUUUCUGAAGCCAAGUGUAUGUUCUACAAUGGAACCGCCCAGUGGUUUGGACCCGACCUAGUGUGCAAGCCUCGAAGCUGUGGUCAUCCAGGGUUAGUUGAACACGCUGAUCUUGAAGGAGACAUCUUUACUUACACCAGACAGGUAACAUUUAGGUGUCGCCCCGGAUACGAGCUGUUUGGUCGAGCCAACAUACACUGUAGAGAAAACGGCAUGUGGAGCAGCGCGUUACCUACUUGUCGACCGGUAAUAUGUCCUCAACCCCAAGACCCACAAAACGGCAGAGCGCAUUACACAGCUGUCACCUUUCAGUCAGUUGUGAAGUUUCAAUGUCGCCAUGGUUACCGCCUGGACGGAAACGAGACGCUAAAAUGUGGAGCGAACAGGACAUGGGAAGGAGAGAUUCCCAUUUGUAAAGAAAUCGACUGCCCACGGCUAGGAGUACUGCACAAUGGAUAUUUAGAAGGUAGCACUUCGACUCUCGGCUCGGUCAUCUACUUUCGCUGCUUCGACGGGAUGAAGUUUGAAGGUGGUUCCCGGUCGACGACAUGUCUGAAGACAGGAAAUUGGUCUCAUCCCCUACCCAAAUGUUUAGGUUUUGCAGCUCGCUGCAAACACCUGCCGGAACAGCCGAAGCAUGGCAUGGUGAUAGCUCCUAAGACCGACCACAACAUGACGGCCUUGUACCGCUGUAAAGAUGGCUACAAGCUAGUCGGCCCGAAUCUCACUACGUGUAACUUUGGCAAGUGGACCAGUGACACUCCGCGUUGCGAGGAGGUCUACUGCCCCUUCCCCGGGUACCUACCUAACGGUCGGGUGCUACUCGUGGGCCACAUGGGUAUGUACGACUACCGGCCCUACGUUCGGAAGGUCACCAACAACAGACAAAUCAUGUAUGAGUGUAACCGUGGCUACAUGCUGAUGGACGGACCUCCAGGGGCAACGUGCGUGGACGGUAAGUGGAGCCCUACCUACCUUCCCCGGUGUGUUAAGGGAUCACACCCCCGGAUCCGUUGGACACGGUCCAUUCGGGAAAGAUUUCUCCGGCGGGUUAAGAGGAGAAAAGCUGGAGAAAGGAACAGAAAUGUCGGUCGGAAGAAAAGGAGACGACCGAAAGACCCCUGCACACCAAUCCCCCAAACACCAGUGAUGGAAGUGGACAUCCUGCGACUGGGGACAGGAAACAGCUCCAUGCCUCAUGGGACAAAACUCCGGGUGCGCUGUACCAAGGGAUACGGUCUUAAUCUGAAGAAAAACAGGAUCCGUUGCGCCAGAGGGCGCUGGAAGCCCGGAGAACCUAAGUGUAUUACCCUGCCUUGUGCUAUACCGAAGACAGAACAUGGACACUACCAUUACUUCCAGAAAGUUGUGAAAUUUGGGGAGUCCGUGGACCACGGAGAAGUGGUGAGAUUAAACUGCUUCCCAGGAUUCCAGCUUGUUGGAGUCGAGUCCCUUCGUUGUUGGUACGGAGAGUGGACCACAGGCAGCCUACCCAAGUGUGUUGCAGGGCCCUGUGAAUUACCCACCAUUCCCCAUGGCUACUACCUGUCCGGCUACAGAGCAGGUUUGACCAUCUCCCACGGUUCGUCAGUUUCCUAUGAUUGUAAACCGGACUACGUCAAAGCUGACAUUAACCCUACACAUUGCAAAGAGGGAAGAUUGCUUCCCAACCCACCUGCUUGUCUAACUCACACACUAAGAGUGAAGGUGCCUACCUGGG